GAGGGAAUACUCCGCACUUACAGAUACGACCCUCGAAAAAUCUGGAGCAACUGCACCUCGUUCUAUAUCCGUGAUCAAGCAAACUGCGGCUCAUGCUGGGCCGUUUCGACAGCGGCUGCGAUUUCGGACCGUAUUUGCAUUGCUACCAAAUUAAAGGUGAAUAUAUCCGCCACUGAUCUCGUGACAUGCUGUACACCAACAUGCGGUUUUGGAUGUGACGGAGGCUGGUCUAUCAAAGCAUGGGAAUACUUCACAUACGCAGGACUUGUUUCUGGAGGAGAGUACCGUAGUAAAAGGUGCUGCCGCCCUUACCCGCUUCAUCCAUGUGGACAUCACGGAAACGAUACCUACUACGGAGAAUGCCCUGAAGAGGCGGCAACUCCACCAUGUAAAAAGAAAUGUCAACCUGGUUAUAGGCGAAUAUACAGGAUGGAUAAGCGAUACGGCACAGACGCCUUCGAGCUACCACAGUCGGUUAAAGCUAUUCAAAAAGAACUCAUGAAAAAUGGUCCCGUCACUGCGUCCUUUGCCGUCUAUGAUGAUUUCUCGCUCUACAAUUCAGGAAUCUAUAGGCACACAGCUGGUGAGCUACGAGGUUACCAUGCGGUGAAGAUGAUCGGAUGGGGAAAGGAGAAUGGCACAGAAUAUUGGCUCAUUGCUAAUUCUUGGCACGAUGAUUGGGGAGAAAAGGGAUACUUCCGCAUUAUUCGUGGAAUCAACGACUGCGGAAUUGAAGAGAAUGUAGCAGCCGGACUUGUCGACGUAGAAAGUCUUUAA